CCAAACCCUAGCUCUCCGUUUUUAAUCGAAUUUGAGCAUUGAUUCUCGGUUAAGAUUCAUACCCGUCACCAUCUUUCUCGGUCUCUCCUACAAAAGUGUGGUGUGAAGCCACAAAUUCGAGAAGGCAGGAGAAUAACCGUGUCGUCAAUUUGAAAAAGGAUGGCGUGUAUCCCAGGCUUAAACCCUUCCAAAACCCUAGCCAUCAUCUCCUCAUCGUCAUCGUAUUCAAUCAAUAACAAUUUGCCUUUAUCAUCAUCAUCGAAAUCUCAUUUAAAGAUCACUCAACUUUCGAAGAGAUUGCCGAAGAUUUCCAUUGUAAUGGCAACCAAGCAGCAAGAAGAUGGGCUGAGUUUAAAUGCAUUAACAAGCAGUGACCGUAGAGAUGAAGUUAUGAUUGCUGCAACAAGUUCGCUUUCGAAUUGCCUUUCUGAGACGAAUCUUCAUCUUACCAUCCCUUCUCUCAAAUCUAAAACAAGAGGCAAGGUUAGAGAUAUUUAUGACGGGGGAGAUUAUCUUGUUCUAGUCACAACUGAUCGACAAAGCGCAUUUGAUAGGGUUCUUGCUUCGAUUCCAUUCAAAGGCCAGGUUCUUAAUGACACAAGUUUAUGGUGGUUCAACCAAACUCAGCACAUUGCCCCAAAUGCAAUAAUAGCAGUUCCUGAUAAAAACGUUACUAUUGCAAAGAAAUGCUCUGUUUUCCCUGUAGAAUUUGUUGUAAGAGGCUAUGUGACUGGAAGCACGGAUACAUCAUUAUGGACUGUAUACAAGAAUGGGGUGCGAAAUUACUGUGGCAAUGCUCUUCCUGAAGGAAUGGUGAAAAACGAGAGGCUACCUGCAAAUAUAAUCACACCAACUACUAAAGCAGCAGAUCAUGACCUUCCUAUUACUCCAGAUGAGAUUGUCCAGCAAGGGCUGAUGAGUCAAGCUGAUUAUGAUGAAGCAAGUAGGAAAGCAUUGAGUUUGUUCGAGUAUGGCCAGCGUGUGGCGUUAGAACAUGGUGUGAUAUUAGUGGAUACAAAAUAUGAAUUUGGAAAGGGUCCUGAUGGUUCAGUGCUAUUGAUUGAUGAGGUCCAUACACCUGACUCAAGCAGAUACUGGUUAGCCCAUUCUUAUGAGGCCCGCUUUAACAAUGGGCUUGAGCCCGAAAAUGUCGAUAAGGAGUUUUUGAGGUUGUGGUUCAAAGAUCACUGCAAUCCCUAUGAGGACAAGGUUCUUCCCAAUGCUCCUGAAGAGCUUGUUACUGAACUAGCCUGGAGAUACAUUUUCUUGUAUGAGACGAUAACAAAAUCAAGAUUUCAGAUACCCGAGACAGCGGAGCCUAUACAUGAUAGGAUAACUCGCAAUGUUUCACAUGCAUUGUCAUCGCUUACUUUUUAACCAUGUGAUGUUUUUUAGUGUCCUCUGUUUUCGUGUUACGGAAGGCUGAGCUCUUGAAGCUUAGGUUCCCAAAAUGUUUUAACUCAAAAUCAGGUUGUCUGAAUGUAGAUCUUGUUUUUGUAACCGAUUUAUAUCGGUAAAAUUUAAGUUAUAUUUUGUUGGCAUUCUCAAAUGUAUUUUGUGAUCAGGUUAUAAUCCUCAAGUUUGUGUUUGGCACAAGUUAGCUGAAAAAGUACUAGUGUUUGGUAAAAAAAAAGUAGCUGCCAUUCUCUACUUAUUUGUUUCUCCAUCGUAUUUUGUGAUUGGUUACAAUCUUUAGGUUGUGUUUGGGCAUUUGGCAAACUCAGCUAGUUUGUAGUAUAUAUAAGGGUAUAUUUGAAGAACUUGUGAAGAAGUCCCAUGAGAUCAGUUUUAUAGUAUUUUAGUUAUAUAACAAGUGAAUAAACUUCAAAAAUAAAAAUAAACUAGUUAUCGAUGAGUUGAUUUAAGUUCUAUAUUUAAUUAUUAGCCUUAUUUCAAUGAGUCGAUUUAAGUUCUAUUUUAUUUGUUUAAUAGACAAAUUUGAAAAAUUAAGUUACUAAGGACAUUAGUUAAUGGACUGAAAGUCGUACAGAG